ACUUCAGACCACUUGGGGGACUCGGGUGUCCGCGAGCUCCAGUGUUCGGGGCGAGGAGGAGCUCCGCUCGGAGGAAGUGGAUCCAGUGUGCGAGGAGCGCUUACCUCCACGGCGAGUGUCGCGAGCCUGACGGCACCAAACACCGACGGGAGGCGAAGACACAGACGGAUUCGCUGCUCGGAUCUCGGGCACCGCAGUGUUUCCCCCGGCUGAGUCGGUGCAGCCGCUCCAGACGCGAGCAGCAUGCAUUCGGACUGCAGGCUGCUAUGGCCAGAGUAAUGGUGGGCAGGGGACCGACCGAGGCCGCCGGGGUGCUCGUCCUGUCCAUUCUCCUCAUUCUCACCGCGGGGAAGUGUCGAGCCCAGAAAGGUGAUGGCUGUGGUCCCACUGUGCUUGGCCCCAGCAGUGGCACUCUCUCCUCUCUUGGUUACCCGGGAACAUACCCUAACAACUCGGUGUGUGUGUGGGAGAUCAGCGUCCCGCGUGGUAAGAGGAUCCACUUCCGCUUCGCGGAGCUGGACAUCGAGGACAGCGACUGUCAGGUCAACUACCUCCGCCUCUACAAUGGCAUUGGACCCGAGCGGAGUGAGAUUGUCAAGUAUUGCGGCCUGAACCUGAAGGUCAAAGACACUCACGAGUCCUCCGGGAACCAAGUCACGGUCCAGUUCAUGAGUGGGAACCAUCGGACGGGACGAGGCUUCUACCUGUCCUACUCCACCAGCGAACACAGCGAUCUAAUCACCUGCCUGGACAAAGGAUCCGAUUUCCCCAUGGAGGAGUUCAGCAAAUACUGUCCUGCCGGCUGCCUGACGUCUACGGAGGAGAUCUCUGGAACCACUCCGAAAGGCUACAGAGAGUCGUCCCCGCUGUGUGUGGCGGCCGUCCACGCCGGAGUGGUGUCCAACGCUGUGGGGGGGAGGAUCAGCGUGGUCACCAGCAAAGGCAUCGACAGCUACUCGGGCACACUGGCCAACAACGUCACUUCCACUGGAGGGACUCUGUCCAACAGCCUCUUCACCUUCAAGACCAACGGCUGCUACGGCAAGCUGGGGCUGGAGUCUGGUGUGGUGGCCGACACGCAGCUUUCGGCUUCCUCCGUGUGGGAGUGGAACGUCGGCGGUCGGCAGAGCGCCUGGUCGCCGUCGGGGGCGCGGCUGGAAAGAGAGGGGCUCCCCUGGUCGCCGGCUCAGAGCGACCAGCACCAGUGGCUGCAGGUGGACCUGAAGAGAGAGAAGAGGGUCACAGGCAUCACCACCAGCGGCUCCAUCAUGAGAGAGUUCCCCUACUACGUGUCGGCGUACCGGGUUCUUCACAGCAGGGACGGCCAGCAGUGGCUCACCUACAAGGAAGCCAACUCCACCCACGACAUGGUCUUUCAGGGCAACAGGAACUACCUGGACCAGGUGAGGAAUAACUUCAUCCCCCCCAUCCAGGCCCGGUACAUCCGGGUCAGUCCCACUCUGUGGCACCAGAGGAUCGCCAUCAAGCUGGAGCUGCUGGGAUGUCAGAUUCAUUCGGUGGGCUGGCUGCCGGAGCCCAGGAUGCACCCGCCGCCUCACGGCCCCCGACCCAGCAAGCAGCCUCCCAGACCCAGGCAGACCACGCACACGCCGGACAUCAGAAACACCACCAUGCCGCCGCAGACCAGCAACGAUGUUGCGCUCGCGGCCGUUCUGGUGCCGGUGCUGGCCAUGGUUCUGACGGCGGCCAUCUUGGUUAUGGUGGGCGCCUGGCACUGGAGGAGCAGGAAGAAGAGCUCUGAAGGGACGUACGAUCUGCCCCACUGGGAUCGCACAGACUGGUGGAAGAGCAUGAAGCAGCUGCUGCCAUCCAAGAUGGUGGAGACGGAGGAUUCGGUCCGCUACAGCAGCAGCGAGGUCGGCCGGCUGGCGGCGAGAGGCGCCGUCCCACGGCUGCACGCCGAACCCGCAGAAUACGCCCAGCCGCUGGUCAGCGGCGUGACGACACUCGGCGCGCGCUCCACCUUCAAACCGGACGAAGGGCCCGACCCGGGGUACACGGACCCGGACCUGUACGACGCCCCCAUCUCCCCGGACGUGUAUCACGCCUACGCGGAGCCGCUGCCGGCGUCGGGAGCCGAGUACGCCACGCCCAUCGUGGUGGACAUGAACUGCCACCCCUCCGCUCUGCUGGCACGGACAGACGGCGGCGCUCAGUCCGGCGCGUCGGCCUACGACACGCCCAAGGUGGCCCCCGGGCCGGCCGCCGAGGAUCAGACCUACCAGGUCCCUCAGUGUCAGAAGACGGCGAGCUGAGCUGACCUUUCACCCCUGGCCGCCGGGGGAGGUGCCAUUACAGUCCAAUCACUGAAUCCACAUGAAUGUUUGUGUCGGACAAUCGGAGCGACUACUGUCGGAGAGACUUGGGCUCCCUGUUCUGUGAUUCUCCCUGCCAAGCUGUGAUUUUCUUCCCGAGUCGGUGGCCACACGCCUCCAGUCCAACUCGCCACGAGUUCCUCUUGGCCGCGGUACGCUUUCGUCUUAAACUUGAAGCUUUUCCUCGUCCACCGACUCCAAAACCUUUGGAAUAUUUAUUUGUGACUUCACAUCCUGCUGAUGGAGACAUGGCGCCCUCGCCCCUCCCACAAGUCCUGGUGCGUCACAGACCACACGUGUCCCACUGAACCAAGUCCAGUCUCAUUUUAAUGAGCCACGUUUUUAAUCAUGUGGAAUAAAUCUUUUUUUCAACAGAUUUUUUUUUCCACUUUUAAUGUGUACUUCUGCAUUGAUGACAAAUCGACACACUUCUGCGCUGAGUUAAGUUGAUUUUUUUUCACUCACAACUCCAGUUUCCUCCCGCAUCCCACUAACACAAAGUCGUGUUCUGUGAGGGA